UUUAGUCAGAGUUGUUCAUAUAGGCGUGCAAGAUGGCGGAGUACGACCUGAUCAAAACUGUUUCUCAGUAUUUUGACUAUCAUUUAGUCAAUCCUUUCCUCGAGUUCAUCGCCACGAAGACCGUAUACGAUCCCGAUGAAGUCAACCGGGCGCGACUCCAGCUCCUGGAGCGAACCGAUAUGGUUGAUUAUACCAUCGAUCUCUACAAGAACCUUCUGCCGAGCAAACUUGAAGAGGCAAAGAAAGACUUGAUGAAACGCCGCAGUGAAGUCGUUGCGGUCUUCCAUGAGAUCAGUGAGAAAUGUAAUGGCAUAAUGGACGCUAUCGGCGACGAUGCCACUAAGGAAUACAUAGGCAGUUGUCGCGACGGGAAGCAGUUGAUGGAAUGGAUCAUAAACAAGUACCCCGGAGUGAGCGCGAGCUCGGCCGAUGAUCUUUACAUGCUUGCGAAGCAUUACUACAGUUGCGGCCAAUACGAGCACGCCUCCGGUCUGCUAGUCGCUCACCGUCUCGUCAUAUCCCAGUCGGACAAAAACUAUCUCAAUAACUUGUGGGGUAAACUAGCCUCGAAUAUCUUGUCCCAAGAUUGGAAGAGUGCUCUGGCUGAGGUCACUAAUCUCAAGGAAUACAUCGAAGGCACGGGAUUCAACUGUCCGCUGAAAUCGCUCCAACAGAGAACGUGGCUCAUCCACUGGAGUCUCUACGUCUACUUCAACCAUCCGCAAGGACGGGACUUCAUCAUCGACCUUUUCCUCUACCAACCUCCAUACCUUAACGCUAUUCAAACGAUGUGUCCGCACAUUCUUCGAUACUUGACAGCUGCCGUGGUGUGCAACCGUGGGAAAGCGACGGCUUUCCGCGAACUAGUUAAAGUCAUCCAACAAGAAAAUUACCAAUACUCAGACCCCAUCACUGAGUUCGUCCAAUGUCUCUACGUGAACUUCGAUUUCGAUGGCGCUCAGAAAAAACUGCGCGAAUGCGAAACAGUCAUCCAGAACGACUUCUUCUUGACUGCUUGUCUCGAAGACUUCAGGGAGAACGCCAGACUUCUGAUCUUCGAAACCUUCUGCCGCAUCCAUGAAUGCGUCUCCAUCGACAUGCUAGCCGAAAGGUUGAACAUGGAGAAGGCAGAAGCCGAGGUUUGGAUUGUGAACCUGAUCCGUGGAGCGAGGUUACCUGCGAAAAUCGACUAUAAACUUGGCCAUGUUGUCAUGGGUCAGCAAGCUACCGAGCCCUACCAAACGCUAGUAGAUAAGACCCAGGAUCUCGUGCUGAGAACCCAGUUCCAAGUACAGAACCUCCAGCUGAAGAGUGCACAAUCGAAUCCCGACCGCGUUCAGUGGUCUAAUGUCUGAUUCUUGAACUCGCCCAUGACAAAAUAAACAAUGGAAUUAUCCU